UUCGCAGAAAUUUUAAUCAUGAUCAGCUGUUAUUAAGCAGUCGAUAUGAAUUGAAUAUUACUAUUGGGACUUAAAAGAUUUCAUACUUACCUCAAGAUAUGAGUUCACCUUGGUUAACUUUUAUUGUUACUAGAAUAUGAAUGUUCGAUUUAGAAUACUAGCUGCUCUUUCACUAUAUGUAAGUAAUAUCAAUGGAGGAUGUCAUGCAAACGAUUGGCCGCACUCAUGUCAAGCCAACUUCAGAAUAGGACCUCAGAGAUGUGAACCCUGCGAGUCGGGUAGUUAUGGCUGUAACUGUUCAGAACCAUGUCCCUAUGGUACAUACGGUCAGGGAUGUUACCAUGUUUGUGAUUGUUCUGAUGAACAAUUCUGUGAUCCUGUAGUAGGUUGUACCAACAACAGUAGGACUGUAGAUAAUACAACUACAUAUAUAACGACAGUUACCCUUUCUACUUCAAAUUCUGCCAAUCAACACAAUCCACCCACGGAGUCCGUGGUGACUCCCCUACAGAGAUUCACCACGUCACUGACCGUGUCCAUUAUGACCGUCAUCGUCUUCAGCCCGAUAUGCGCCUGUAUUCUCAUCAGAGUAAGCAAACGGUUUUACAAGCGUAAAUAUCAUGCAAAAUCAACUGAGGGGGUACUUGAACUAGGAACCAAUGAAGAGGACAUCGAUGUUCAUUCGUAUCUCACUAUAAGUGAUAGAUCAGUCAGAAUGUAUGCAGCUGUCCAUUACGACGAGGCAGAGGACAGCAUCGAAAGUAAAACAAGUCCUUCCUCAUCCCUUUACAGCAAGAAAGAAGAGGAUGCAAGUAUUAAAAGUGAUACCAGUAAGAUAUCACAGGGAUAUUUGACUCCUGUUGUGACAACAGCCGAGGAAACCAAAUCGGAUAGUCAACGAUCAAGUGAUCCUGAAGAUUUUCAAGAAGUCACAAAGUGUUCAGAAAAUUUCGAAUCUCCAGCCAGCCUUAGUUUCAAAUUGGGUACACUGGUCAAAAUUGACAGUGUUCCACUUUGAUUAAGGAUAAGCCAAAGGAAUCGCUAAAAUAAUACAUUAAGAUAACAGUUUUUCUUCCCUUUAUUCAUAUGAAUACCUAGGUUAUGCUUUUUUGCUUAAGACGUUAAACAGAAUCCCUAUUUAUUUUUCUACCAGAAAAGGCAACUUUAAUCUUAAUUUUAAAAUUUAUGUGCCUUAAACAGAGUCUAGUGCAUAUAUGUAAUUAAAAAUCAUUAUAAUAUUGAAAGUUUCACUACUUUUGAUUAUUAUGUGCAAAAUACACAUCCGCCCUAAUCGGUGAUUUGUAUAGGUAGAUAUAUACAUAUAUAUAUCACAAAGAUACAUUGAGUUUGUGUUUA